AUGAUUUCAACAAUCGGCACAACAACAAUUCAAGCCGCGAACGGCGGGACUCUGUCCACAACAACUUCACCAAACUCGUUAGUCAUGAAUCCUACGUCAAUGUUAGUAGAGAUGAAAAACUUCAUUCCUUCUUCAUAUACUUUUGAAACAAAAAUCCAGAAGAUAAAGCAAGAACUUUUAACAAGUAAUUUAGACUGUAGUGCGAAAGAUGAAACAAAUGAACAGUAUCUUUAUGAAAUGCAGGACAUUAUUGACCAUUUACCCAAAUUGCCUGAAAUCCAACAACAAAAACUCACUAUUCCUGAAUUCGACGAAAUUGAAGUGAAACCAACUGACUCAGUAGAAAUAAAGAAGUUCAUACGUAAAGUAAAUUAUGAAUUCCUUGGUUUUCAUUGCAACCAUAAGGUUAUGGACAAAGAUUGCGACAUGGUAUAUAAAAACAUUUCUGACAUAUAUAAAUCUGAGGAGUUUAAGACCUACGAUAACUUUGUUUCAUUAGUUGCUGAAUGUGUUUGGGAAAUAAGAGAUAAAGAUAGAAGAGGUAAGGUAUGGAAUGAACAGAUAAGACCCGCUAUGUUUGAGAUGAAGAAAACCAUUGACGCCUUAGUUGUUUUAGCAG